AUGGCAGAGCCUGCCAUCUUUAGGCUUCCAGAUCCUGGGGACGGUGAGCUUGAGGACAGAGAGUCCGAGUCAGAGGCCGAGGAAGCUCCCAGGUCUGCAGGUGCCCUGCGGACUGUUCGAUAUAGGGACAGACUUCGAAAUGCUUCCCGUGCAGAGGUUUUGUUUCUGUAUGCGAAAACCUGUGGCGACGAAUCAGAAUCUUUGGGCACCGCUGCUGCAGGGAAUUAUUUGUUUUGUGUUGCUGAGCUUGGGGGAAAAUGCAUCAAGCCGUUGGGUGCCCAAGAGCACUUGCAGCAGCAAGAUACUUGGCGAGCUCGGCGUCAGAAACGUCGCGAUCGAGAUUUCGCCGCUAAGCAGAUGUCCCUCCAGAACCAGACAACCCGAAACCAGAUGUUCAAGUGCUGUUUGAAGUCUCUUUUUCGUUUCAGGGCAGCUGUCCAGUUGGGGCCUGCCCAGGCUGCAGUGGCAGGUGCCUGGUGCCGGGCACCUGCAGCUGCUAACCAGGGUGCGGUGACUCCUGUUCCUGCGAUGCCCGCCUUGGCUGGCAGGUUGGCGGUUUUGCCUGCAGGGCAAGCGCAAUGGGUUUUUCAAGCUGCUGCGCCAAGCGUCAUCUUCGAAGCCGUUGCAGAUCGCCAGGGCCUUUACACUUGCUUUGCAGACGGACAGGCGGCGGAGCCUGAAGUAGGCACUGCGAGGCGUUACCUAGGGCGUCCUUUCUGGAUGGUUCGCUUGCCACCAACUGUCAUGAAGCAUUUGAUGGAGAUAGGCAAGGAGUUCGUGGUUCCUGGUGGGCUUGUGACUUCUUUGGGGCACCAGUUGCCCGGAACCGUUCCUGCUGCGGCAGAAGGAAGCCCCAGUGAUGGUGCCGACAGUGGUUCCUCUUCCUCCUGCGAGAUGAAGAAAGUGCGCAGGCCGGCCAUGCAAGAAAUCCUGUUGGGAAAGCUCGCUUACAAGCUCAGCUCAACGGUAGGCAUUCAAGAUGUGGUUCGCACCGUCCUUCGAAUGUUAGUGCCAGAUAGUUUAGGUCUGGCAGACAACAUGAAAGUGUCGCAUGGGCAUGUGCGGAAUAUCUUGCUAAAGCUUGAUGCCUUGCAUUCCUUGUCUCGCCGGUUCCUUGCCACACCAGGUGGUGGGGCAGACAAGUCGCUGCGAAUUGUCAGGUACAUCAGUCCUGACAGUUCCCCGCAAGCGAAUUAUGAUUAUUUUUGUGCGACAGAAGAGUUGCUGCUCUAUCGUUCCGACGAGCUUCCAAGGGAUGCGGGUGGAAAUGUCCAGAGUAUUGUGGGCGCUCAAGCUUUGGCGAGCGAGGCAAUACAGGAGGAUUUUCGUGAAUUGCCGCUCUUUCAUUCCGCUCUACACAUACCGGGAACACUACACAUAGUGUUUAACGCACUGGAAUUCAGCUUGAAGCAGCUUGAAACCUGGCAAAAAUUCGAGAAACAGUUGAACAGCAUCACCCGUGUGUGCAAAGAAAAGAGUUACUCAGAAGUAAUUCUUGUGAGAAUGAUGAAGCAUGCGAGCCCCGAGGAGAGACGGUUGUUGCAUCGGAUGGAUGACCUCUUAGACUGGAGGUGGGAUUCGCUCGCAAGAGUGCUGAAGGUUUGGGUUCCUCUAUAUCCCACCUUCAAGAAAUAUUGGAACCCAGCUGUUUUUGGUGGGGACAGCUCGUCAGUCACAAUUCGAGCUGUGACGGAAGCGUUGGCAGACGAGUGCCAUUUCGACAUGGCAGUGUGGACGCAUCAGUUCUCUGCCGAGGCCACCAGGCUGGCCCACUUUUUCGAGGGUUGUCACUGCCAUCAGGAGCAGCUGACAGACCCAGAAAACCGGGAAAAGAUAAACUGUUGUUGGAAAGGCAGGCGCUUGCCUUGGCUUGCGGUUGGUAAUCUCCAGGGAGCUUUGCAAGAUGCCAUGACAAACAACGAGAUUAGUGUUCUUGCGCAUCUCUUGUCUCGUUCUAGUGAAACUGCAAGUCGGAUGGCGCACAUGGCGGACACGUGCAACAAAGUAUUUGUUGCCGUUAUCCAGCAAAAGCUUGCGUAUGCUCAGCAAGUACCAUGGGUGUUUGCCGCAGCGUUUGCGGGGUAUAUGGGCGAGACUUGGGGCCGAGUGAAAAAGGUUCUUCGGCCACAUCUUCAGAACGUUGACAACAUGAUCUCCAGUGGCCAAGUCGGCGCUCUAGACUCUGUUACACAUGCUUUGUUUGGACCAACCGACACAGGCCGCAUGCUCCGAGAGUUUCUGAACUCGGAGGAUGACGUGCCCCUUGAUCGAUGGCCAGCGUUGUUUUGGAGAGUACAGGAAUAUGCCUUUGUUUCUUUGUCCGAGCGACACACGGAGAGAGAGCAUGUCGGUGUCAAGGUUGCAGCAAACCGUGGUCUCACAAAGGCUGGGCCUGCAGUUGUCUGCAGCCGCAAGCGCAGAGAUCAAGUGUUGGAGAUGCUGGAAGAUGAGAAACAGCUCGCUUUCUUGGUCAAAAAUUGGCGCAGCAGGCGCCUUUGGAGUAGCCUGCUGGAGCACAUGCUCACUCACGAAGAGGUUCGACUUAUGGAGACGCCAAAGAGGCUUUCCCGCUUGUACGGGUAUAGCGAGGAAGACCACUUCAAAGAUUGCGAGGACUCUGUUCGCGCUGAUGCCGUUUACCGCCAAACUUUGAGAGAUCAGACUUUGUUACUGGCCGGAAGCUUCAAGCUUCCGAGUGCUUCCUACCAGGUAGUGAACUGGCUGAAAGGCCAUUUGGCGACGGGCGUGUUUUUCAGUGUGUCCACGCAUGUCUUUGAGCUACUUGUCGACAGGGGUCGGAGAUGUGAAGACCCAGCCGCAUCCUUCAGAACCGACGUGCUGCUGUCUAUUCUGCGAGCCGACGUCCACCCUCGGGUAAGUGAUCGUGCUUCGGUUUUCUGCUCGGUGCUGGAUGCCAGGCCAGAAGCAAGAACGGAUGCUCGUGUUUCGCGACCUGCUGCACACAUCACAGACCCGAAGCUAGGCCGCCGCAGCUGUGUGGUUGUGCAGCGUUUCCACGACGUGGAUGUUUCCCAGGGCGUGCACGGCCUUGGUGGAGAUGUGCGGGUGGCGUGCACGAAUGUGCGGAUCGAGGUUCUCGACUUGGCACGGGUGUGCACAGCAGAGAACUUGAAAGCCUUUUGUGCAAACUGUUUGCUCUGGCGUGCUAUGCCUGCGGAACUGGCCUUGGCUCUGGGAGACGAGUCCACGCAGCCAGGUUUGCUGCAGGAGCCGCAAGUGCAGAAACUUCCAGAGAUUGUCUUAGACAGCGAUCCUGCCUGCUUGUUGAGUCGACCGCCUCCGGAUCCGCAUGUGGAAGAUGCCCUCGACAUCCUGCACCCCCCUGCCCAUGUCGUGCAGAAUGCGGACGACUCUGCGGUGCUGCAGGUCUACGGUGCUCCGUGUAGCGACCGAGAAAUGCAAGCUAUCAAAGAGUUGCUGCGAGCAAGGGCCAUCGGCAUUGAAUCUGCUGUGUAUGCCACAGACCUUGAACACUUCGAUGCUGUUGCACUGGAAGGCUUGCGUGACCGAGGUCUUGUCAUCUGCGAGACUGAUAUGUUCUCAGAUGUAUCCGUCGCCUUGACGGGCAAGUUGACCUACAGUGCAAGCUUGGUGCUGGCACGGCCAUUGUUGCUUUGGGAGCUUGACCAAACGACUUUGACUCGAGGCCAGAUGCCAGGCCGAUCAAAGUUGGAGUUAAUUCGUUUGUUGUUUGUCUUGGGCUGGGAGCCAGGGCUGGGCCGGGAAGCGUGGCAUCGCAAGCAGGGAGAGAAACGUCUUCCAGAUGACGUUCUAGUUUGCAGCCUCCCCUUCCUCAGAGCUUUGAUGCUGAGUCGGCUUAUAUGGGAAAAGCCCGGCAACUUGUCGGGCAUUUACUUGAAAGGCCCCCAGCAGUAUUAUGAGUUCUUGGUGGAUCAGGACGAUCUCAGCAGCUUGCGGGAUGCUUCUGCAGAGGAAAUCAAUGCUCGGUUCGCGCAGAAGAAAAAAAGACCUGCUGGCCGCAGCUUGACAAGAGAUGCGGCUACAGGUCUGGAGCUUGACCCAGAGGCUGAUGAUGCCGAGUUAGAAGAGCUUGUGCAAGAGCUGCCUGAAAAGCUCAUGCAAGCAGAAGAGCCGCAGCCAAGCAUGGCCAGCGGUGGUAGACGUGUCGCUCCUCUAGAAAUCGACUUGGGAGGCGGUAGGACACAGGUAGUGCAUUUUGACAAUUUCACACACUCCAGCGGUCAGCUCCGAGCAUUCGUUGCUUGCGAGACACACAGCGGCUGCCGCUUGUACACGUUUGUACGGCAUCAUGGCAGCCGCAGGCGGGCUGCUGCCUUUUUGCUUGCUUGGCAAAUGCGAGCAGCUCACCACCGCAGAGCUGAAGCUCACAUUGCGGACAAGCCAAGUGAAGAGCAGGUGGAUGCCAUGAUGCUCCGGAUCGCUUGA